AUGUCAAAGCUACGACUCUUCAGGGCGUUAGUGCCCUCGGCUCUGUUUCUAGACUCUUCCGCAGCGGCCAGGGCAGCAGCAGGGGCUGCAGCGAUUUCGCAAUCCGGAGGUCUUAUCGCUCAGUCGUCGCAGCAUUGCGCCGAUCUUAGCCAUUGCUUCGCUACAGUCACUUCUCCUCAUCGCAACCAGCAAGAUCCAUCAGCAGAAGCGGAAAUCGCUGGCUCGAACGAUCAGGAAGCCGAUUCGCUGGUCCUGUCUGGCGCAGGUGACGACGGAAGCCGAUCGGGCGCGGAACGAGCUGCAGGUUCAUCAGAUGGACGGUCAGACGGGGACGAUGGUUUUCGUGUUAGGUCGGAGCCGUGGAUCUUCAACCUGACCGAACUUCCUCCUGAUUCGACGGCUGCGCGUUUGUCAGAGGAGAGUAAGGAGAACAUCUGGCUGCUGCAUCAGAAGGAUCCGGGUCAUUGGAGCGUCGCACGGCUGGCUCGCGAGUAUCGCGUGCGACAGCAGCGAGUGCAUGCGAUCCUGUGGCUCAAGGAUCUGGAGAAGAAGAUGGAGGAGGAGCAAGGCAAGCCUCUUGAUGACUCCAUCCCAAAGGAGUUUGAGAAGCAGCAUGGUUCCUACGACAAGGCAGUGGGAGAGCGGCAUGUGAAGAUCUACCCGAGUGAAGCCGUGGACUCGCUUCCAGAGGGGCCAGAGAGAGUGAAGCUGCUGCUACAGGAGUCUGAAAAGGAGGAAGUGUGGAAACUGGACGAGUUUGUCAAGAGAAUGGAGUUCAACAAGAAACAGUCGGUGGAUGCUACUGACCCGGCGGCUAUCAAGGCAGCGAUCACAUCAAUAGACGAGGAGUGCCCGAUUGACGUUCUGCAGUGCAACGCUGGGAUUGUGAGGACCGGAUUUGUGGAAGACAUAUCGGCUGAAGACGUUCAGUCUCAGGUUCACACCAACUUCCUGGGGAGUGUCUACCCAGUGCAGGCUGUACUCCCAAGCAUGAAGGCUCGGGCGGAGGCUGGGGAGGAGCCUGGUGCUAUUGUCUUCACGUGCUCUCUAGCAGCCCUGGUGAGCCUUUCUAAUAUUCUUAGUCGUCCAUCAAGCUGCCCUUACGAUCCGACUAUUCCAUCUAUCACGGUUAGCGGUGCUGCUCUCAAUAUAGCGGUGCUGCUGUAG